CGCGGUGCAUGCCGGGCACGGGAAAGGGAAGAGCGCGAGUGGCUGAGGCGGCCGUGGCGGCGGCGGCGCGUCGGAGCCUCGAUGUCUCGGGGCGGCGGCGCGUCGGGGCCCGGCUGGGGCUGGUGGCCUCCGUCGCGGCGGCGGAAUCCUCGCGAACGAGAGCAGCAGCAGCAGCGGGGCCGGCGAAGAGGCGGAGGGUCGUCUGAGGGCGGCCGGGCUUGGGCCUUCCCCGCGGCCGCGGCGGCAGCGGCAGCGGCGUCGCUAUCGUUGCUGGUGCUGCUGCUGGGCCUGUCCGGGGCGGCGCUCUCGCUGGCCGUGGCGGCAGCGGCCGGGGGAGUCUGGGCGGCCUCUUCGUCUUCGGCGGGAGGAGGCGGCUUCGGGAAGGAGAUGAAGGGGCCGCCGUCGCUGCCCCACCGCGCCUUCUCCCCCGCCGUGGCCAACGGGGGCCCUGCCAUGGGGGGUGGAUGCUGCUACGCCUCACCGGCCUCGGUCCUGCCCGAAAGGAAGCGGCGGCAGCAGCAGCAGCAGCAUCAAAGAGGGUGCUGCGGGGACCACCUCUCUGCGUCACCUCAUUUUAUGCUGUCCCCUCGGCGGCGCUACCCAAUCCAGCAGGCCCAGUAUAGCUCUCUGGGGACCCUGCCCUCAAUCUGCUGGGAUGGAUAUCGGCGUAAAAACAGACUGUCUAUCCACAACUCCAGCCUGACCCGGAGCCCUGUGAUGGUGAAGAUUGCUCGGCCAGACAGCAGCCUCUGCCGUUCCCCACUGUUGGAGCAGCUGGCUUCCCCCGUGGCUUUUUCUGCAACGCCCAACAGUACCCUGGACCCAUGCGCCAAAGAGACGGUCUUGAGCGCUCUCAGGGAGAGCCGAAAGAGGGCCGUGGAGGAGGAGGAAGAGGGAGAGGAGGACCAGAAUGUCCCAGGUGGCCAGGAGAGCAAGAGGAGGCGCCAUGAUAGCAGCGGGAGUGGACAGUCUGCCUUUGAGCCCUUGGUGGCUAACGGCGCCCCAGCAUCUUUGGUCCCCAAGCCUGGCUCCCUGAAGCGCUGCCUCCUCUUGUCCCACUGCCUGGAAGAAGGCUCCUCCAAGAGGUCGCGCACCUCCUCCCUCAGCUCCAUCAACAGCCUGCCUGCAGGGGGGAUCCCCAGCUCCAUCCGCAAUGCCAUCGCCAGCUCCUACAGUUCCACCCGGGGCCUUUCACAGCUGUGGAAGAGGAGUGGCCCAAGCACCUCUCCUCUCUCCAGCCCAGCAUCCUCCCGUUCUCAGACACCUGAGAGGCCGAACAAAAAAGCAAGAUACCCCAACGCCAGCCUCACGGAUGACGAGUCUCACCAGUCCAUUAACUCCACACCUGUGAGGACAGACAAGGAGGUGCCAGCAGAGAAGAGUGAGUCAGUAGAGAUGCCCCUGCAGAGCAGGCACAGCUCACCAGCAUCGCCACCUUCAUCAGGCAGCACUGGCAAGCGCAAGCGGAAGAUCCAGUUGCUCUCCACUCGGCGGGAAGAUAAUUUCACCAUGCCUCUUCCGCCUCAGCUGGGCUAUUCUGUCACUUCUGCUGACCUGGAUGCAGAAAAGGCGGCUGCUCUGCAGUGGUUCAACAGAGUCCUGGAAGACAAGACUGAUUCCACUCCCAGCCUCUCAGUGCCGAUGACCUCACCAACCAGCACCCUGUCUUUCGGGACAAUACCUAACAAGUCCACCGCUGUGUCGCUGGCUGUCACAGCUGCCAGCACCAACCCCCUCCUGGAGAGCCUGAAGAAGAUGCAAGAUGGGCAGAACUCCUCAGGGCAGGCUGGUGCUGGCUCUGCUGCAGAGACCCCUCCGCUGUCAGCCCCUUCUCCUUCCCUGGAUUUGGGCUCUUCCAUGCCCAUGAGCUCCCCUGAGGUGGCCAAGGCCCCACUGCUGUCACUCGGUGUCCCAGCGCCCCUGGCUACUACAGCACUGUCUCCUUCCUCCAGCGCUGCCCAGCCUGCCAGCAGCACCUGCAGCCCAAUGGCUGCCUCCUCUUCUGAGCUGGGCCAGACUCCAGCACGGCCUGCCUCUGCCGCAAAGCCCAGCACCCUCUUUGGGAUUCUUACUAGCCCUCCUGCAGCCCCUGUGCCAACAACAACGACUGCUUCUCCUGCGCCUGAGGCAGCACCCAUGUUCAAGCCCGUCUUUGGCAGCCUGGUAAAGAGCGAGGGGCUGGGUUUCUCCAUGAACAGCACCACCACAACUGGGCCUGCCCCGGUUACUGGGACUCUGCCCUCCUCCUUGGCCACUCCUCCUGUCACUUCCAGCAGCACUUUCAAGCCUGUAUUUGGGGCUCCACCUCCACCAGCCACCUCAGCUCUUUCUGCAACAGUGGCAGCUGCCUCGCCUUUCACCUUCCAGGCGACGCCCAUGCCCACCCUGCCCGCCAGUAGCUCCACCACCACAGCAACGCCUGGGUUCCCCAUUCCCCUGGAGGCCACUGUGACCACCACCGCAGCAGCUCUGCUCUCCACCACAGCCAACGCCACGGCUGUCUCCUCAAGCAAGGCAGUCUUUGGCUUUGGGUCCACCAUGCCGGCCUCCACGGCUACACCUAGCAACACCUCUGCCACCGCACCAGGAUCAUCCCAGCAUCCCUCGCUCUUUGGGGCCCCAUCUACUAGCAGCCCUGCUCCCCUUUUCCAAUUUAGCAAGCUGGUUGCCCCCACAGGCCCCACUCUCAGCCCCUUGGUGAGCUCUGCCUUCAGCCAGGCACCCUCCUGCAACACAGAGGCGGCUCCCAGCACCACCACCACAACAGCAGGUUUCAGCCUCUUCGGCAACAGCAGCGCCACAACGGCCCCUUUGGCCACAACACAGCCUCCCCUGACGUUUGGGUCUGGCGCCUCUGCAUUCACAGGGGGCUUUGGCACGGCUUCCAAGCCGCCGCCUCCGUACCCAACGGACACCAGCCAGCUGGCUUUGGACACAACAGUUGCCGACAGUCAGCAGGCGGCCACCAAGCCGUCUGCAGGGCCUGUGAGCUUUGGAGCUAAUUUCAACUUCUCCCAGCCAGCGGCCCAACCAGCUUUUGGCAGCACCUCACAGACACCCUUCGGUGGGCCUGGGCCCCUGCCAUCCUUUGGCGCAAAAAGCACCACCCAGCCAGCGUUUGGAGCCACCACCUCUGUCUUCUCCUUCGGGACGCCCACAACCUCUGUUACGUCAGGCUUUGGGUCCAACACUCAGACCACAAGCAGCAACAGCAGUGCAGGAAGCUCGGUGUUUGGGAGCUCAGCUCCCACUCCCUUCAGCUUUGGGGCAGCCAACCAGCCCCCUGGAGCAGUCAAUGCCUUUGGCAUGGGUGCAGCUGCUGCUGCUGCUGCUGGCACUGCGGGUUCUGGAGCGGCUCCCGUGGGCUUUAGCUUUGGUAGUGGACAGAGUGGGGGGGCAGGGGCAGCGGCAACGCCCUUUGGAUCUUCCUUGGCACAAAACCCUCUGGGGGCCCAGAGCCAGAGCUCUGGCUUCGCUUUCAGCAUCCCUGGCACACAAGAGAACAAGCCAGCCUUUGGAGGAGCUCCACCACCCACAUUUGGGCAGAGCUCGCCGGCACCAGGAGCGGGCACAGUGGGGGGCAGCACCCUUUCCUUUGGAACAUCCAUCACCCCCACCUUUGGAAGUGCCGGACCUCCUUUUGGACCGCCAGCCCCCACCUUCUCCAUUGGGGCAGGAUCUAAGACUGGCUCCCGCCAGCGGCUACAAGCCCGGAGGCAGCAUACCCGCAAGAAGUAGCCAAGAGAGACUUCCUGGCUGGGCUCCAGCUCCCGGCCAACCUGCUGUCGGGCCCAGACUGGCCUGGGCACAGCACCUGCCCAACGGAGGCUGCUGCUUCUAUAGCCCACCCUCAGCAGGACUGACUGACCUAGGGGCCACGUUGUCUGCGACGUCUGCAGGAAGUUACCCAGAGCAAUUUUUACCCCCACAAACGGGACAGGAGAAACCAAGCCCUUUUUACUUGAACAGUCCAUGACUGAGUCUGGAUUAAAUUUUGUACAUAUCGGCUACUUUCCCUUUUCCCCAUGUGAGCAGCCCCUUGUGGAUCCCUCCUCCCUCCCAUCCACCUUCUUGCCUUACCCCAACCUGCUCCCUUUUCCGGCUGCCAAGGGAGGGCGGUGUGCAGCGGGGAGGCCAGCAGUGGUGUGCCAGUUUCCACCUGGAGCUCCCUCCCCUCUUCCUGGAGACAAGUGGCAGAAGGUUCUCCUGAUCCAGGGCAGAGGCCCCCCCUCACCAAGGGCUUGGGGUCCUUUCCCGAUGAUGCUGUGGCCCACAGCUUCCGCUCACACCACCUUCAGAGCCCCUUUGCAGCUGGCAAAAGCCACCUUAUCAAGGCUCCAUAGUUGCAGCCACUGUGCUGGGGGCCUUUCGUCGAAACACUAAUCACUGUUCCUCUGUGGUUGGAACCUCCUCCAGUCAGGGAGAUGCUGGGUGGGAGCAAAGAGGUAGCUCCCUACCCCACCCCCUUGCUGCUGCUGCUUCACUUGAGCCCCUGCCCUCUUCCAUCUCCCCCCCCCCCAAUCAUCCGUUUGUCUGUUCUGCUCACAGAAUGUGUUCUUUCCCUUUCCUUUUUUUUUCUCAAUUGCUCUGUGAAUCGAGUUUGGAGGAAGAAUUUAAUUGUAUGUGUGGCGGCAUGUUGGUAAUGCCGGACUUGCUGUAAACAUUUCUUUUGGUGGGUGGCUGUCUUGUCUCCAAGGGAGACGAACCCUGCCGAAUUGGGUGUGGACGGUGGUGGUAGCAGCAUCGCUGCUGUGUGGCUACAUGUGCUGAGUGGAGCCAAGCACUCGGGAGUUUUCAGACUGGGAGGCUGGCAGUGCUAAGCGGGGGGCGGCUCUGUGUGCAUCAUCUGGGAGGAGAGGGAGGUGAAGCAAGGCCGCCCUCCCUAGCAGGGCUGCACAACUCCAGCGCCUUUGACUUCCUGCACUGGAUUUUGAUGGGAGAGAAGAGGCUCUAAUGUGGAAGGGCUCUGCAGUCUGCCAGGGUUGCCAUGGCACAAUGCCGGCUGCCCUACUACACAUCACUGCUUGCAAGAGGCUCCAGCAAGCAAAAGAGCACCCCCUCCUCUUCUAAGGAGCUCCCUUCAUUUUGGGACAGAACAUCCCAGCUCCUCACUCCCCCCCCCCCUUGAAGCGCGAAAGCCCAGUGUCUGCCAGCUUUUUUCAUACAGUGGAGACAACGGUGUGUGAGAGUGUGCGUGAGCCUGCCUAAUUCUAAAUUUAAGAAAAAAGUAUUUAAACAUUUUUUAACAAAAUGAAACUUUAUUUUUGUAUUUAAGCUAAAUUGCCUUUGAAUUCCUUCAAGCUUGGUUCAUAGAAGUGUGUGAAAGUGCAAAGCUGUUCAUUAGGAAAUUAGCUGGGGCGGGGACCUCUGAGGAGUGGGAGGUGGCCAGGCUGCAGCAGUCUCAAGCUGGGAGCCCCUCGCCUGCCUCCCCCCUCUCCCCGUCCCAUUCCAUGUUCUUGUUUUAUAGAUGUGGAUGUGGCUCUGUCUGUCCUGUAAUGCUUGAGAGCUCUUGCACAUUUAGAGGGUGCCUGGCGUGGGGAGGGAGUGUUCUGUCUGGGCCAUUGGAGGGGCAGUAGCCAAAAGCUUCCAUCCAGCCCCUGGAUGUGGGGUGGAGGAGGUUUCUAAAAGAAUGAGGCUUCCACAGAUCACUGCCUUGUGGAUAAAUGAGAUUGGCAUGCUGGUAGUAAGCAGAGCAGUGCCUUGCUAUGGGAACGGUGCUGUCUUUAAGAACCCCCUUAGUAUCCCUCCCCCCCAAAAAAGAAACCCAAUUCUGUGAAGGUAGAGACAACAGGUGCUUCCUGAGCUUGGGCUGCUUCUCUCCCUUUACCUCAGUCACGUCUCUGCCCAGCCAGGUAGCCACCACAUCCUGAGCUUGCUAAGGGAAACAGCUUGGGACCCUCCUUUCCCUUGAUUGUGUGCAGAGUGCCAGCGUCAACUGUGUGAGUGGGAUGACGUCUGUGAGGAUGGGGAGAAUGACCUUUUUUAAAAAAAAAAAAACAUCGCAAUGAAGACUUGGAUCAUUCCUUUUGAUGGUUUUAGCGUGAAUGUGCAAUUUCUUUUCCUUGCUUAUGUUGAUUUAAAAUAAAAACAAAACUGCUUGA